UCUACCACAUGGACGACGCGGCAGUACUGCCGCUACACGGACCCGGACCUCGGUUGGUGCAACUUCCCCGUACUUUAUCCUACAAGACAACCCGGUUGAGGUUGACGCAUCGCUCACUCUCCAUUCUCUUCUCUCUACCCUCCUUCCCCUACUCCUGUCUCUGUUCUCAGUCUUCACAAUGGCGAUAACUGUGUGGUCUUCAUUAGCCUUCCUCGUUUUCCUUCAUGCAGCUGCUACAGAUGCUCUCAACUCUCAAAUUAGAGUUACUGAUAACCCAGCGGACAAGUUGGUUGCUGCAAUCAAUGAAAACAGAACUGCACACAGGGUCUCAAGCUUGUAUGACAACCCGGGGCUUGCCUGUAUUGCCCUACAAUACAUAAAGGCAUACCAGGGUGAUUGUGGUGCAGUGGGAGGAGCUGAUGCAAAGAAGCCUCCUGAAUCUCAAUUUGCUGAAACUUUCGCCCCUAAAUGUGGUGUUAAGGCAUCAACACUUGCCACUAUCACUGGUCGUUUCCUGGGCUGCCAGACUAAAUACGUGCACGCACCAGAGGCAUUUUCAGAGAUCCUGAUAAAAAACCAGAGGAGCUUGGAUAUACUUUACAGUAAGAAUCACACUCAACUGGGAGCUGCUGUGACGGGUACUGAUGGAGGAUCUCCUUACUUCUGGUGCGUGUUAUUCAGCAAUGGUAAACAACCUAAUAGCACCUUUGUGUUUGAGGACGGUGUGGCUAAAAUAACAAAACCUGGCUGCUUCAGCGGAGCUAAUGAUGUGUGCAGUGGUGCUUAUGAUUGGCCUCAGCGUGGUGGCAUAUGGCUAUUUUCCCCUACAACUCUGGUUGCUUUGAGUUUUGCUUUGGCUUUGUGAUUGCACUGUAACUGAAAUUUGACUUAUUUUCUCUCCUAAAAAAUUUACUUUGAUUUAAAUUUUUUCUCUGUAGAUUCCCUAUUUGUACUUUCUGUUUGUUGUCCUUGGAUUUGUAUUUGAAUGAAGACCAAGAAGGGGGGGUGGGGCGUACAAAUUGUUUCACGUUAUCUCUUGAUUACAUAUGAAAAUGAAAUUUGCAUUUGCCACA